AUUUCAGUUUCUCGGUGCCGAUCAGCUGAUAAAACGAUCAAGAUGAUUAUCACCGUGAAGGAUUCGACGAUGGUGAGACCGGCGGCGGAGACACCGCGCCGGAGUCUCUGGAACUCGAACGUGGAUCUGGUGGUGCCGAGUAUCCACACGCCGAGCGUCUACUUCUACCGACCAACCGGUGCUUCCAAUUUCUUCGACAGUCAGAUUCUCAAGGAUGGCCUAAGCAAGGCGCUGGUGCCGUUCUAUCCAAUGGCUGCACGGUUACGGCGCGAUGAGGACGGUCGAAUCGAGAUCGAUUGUAACGCCGAAGGUGUGCUUCUUGUCGAGGCUGAGACGACGGCGGUUAUCGAUGAUUUCGGUGAUUUCACGCCGACGUUGCGGCUCCGACAACUUAUUCCGGCCGUCGAUUAUUCCGGCGGAAUCGAAUCGUAUCCGUUGUUGGUGUUACAGGUGACUCACUUCAAAUGCGGAGGAGUUUCACUCGGCGUUGGGAUGCAACACCACCUAGCCGAUGGCUUCUCUGGUCUCCACUUCAUCAACACUUGGUCCGACAUGUCGCGCGGCCUCGACCUGAAGCUCUCACCAUUCAUCGACCGGAGCCAUCUCCGAGCACGGGAGCCACCUCAACCAAUUUUUCGACAUGUCGAAUACCAACCAGCUCCGCCCAUGAAGACCCCGGUCGAACCCGACCCAGAAGGUACCACCGUCUCCACCUUCAAAUUGAGCCGCGAGCAGCUCAAUCUACUCAAAGCCAAAUCCAAGGAAAACGGCAACACUACCAACUACAGCUCCUACGAGAUGCUCUCUGCCCACGUCUGGCGGUGCACGUGCAAGGCACGUAACCUGCCGGAGGAUCAGGACACUAAGCUCUACAUUCCCACCGACGGCCGUGCCCGGUUACGCCCGCCGCUUCCCAACGGCUACUUCGGUAACGUAAUCUUCACGGCGACGCCGGUAGCCGUCGCAGGGGAACUGAUGUCGAAACCGACAUGGUUCGCCGCUAGCAAGAUCCACGAAGCUUUGAUUCGGAUGGACAACGAUUAUUUGAGAUCAGCUUUGGACUAUCUCGAGGUUCAGCCGGACUUAUCGGCGUUGGUUCGUGGGGCUCAUACUUUCCAGAAUCCGAAUUUGGGGAUCACGAGCUGGGUCCGGCUUCCGAUUCACGACGCCGAUUUCGGGUGGGGCCGGCCGGUUUUUAUGGGCCCUGGCGGAAUUGCGUACGAGGGAUUGUCGUUUAUAAUCCCGAGUGCUUCCGACGACGGCAGCUUAUCGGUGCCCAUUUCUCUCCAGACUCAACAUAUGAAGGCGUUUGAGAAGCUAUUCUUCGAUAUCUGAGCAGGUUAACCGGAGGACUGUUACAGACGGCGGUGGAUUUUUCCGGUACGGCGGAAGAAGUUUGAAAGAAUGGUAGGCGGGGUUUUUUCGGGUACUUUUACUCUGUUAUUUUGGGUAUUUUUCAGCACAAGUUUAAACGGCGUCGUUUUGUAUUUUAAUCGUAAAGACCUUCCGGUGAAGCAUAAUAAUAUACGUGGACGGGAACCGGAAUUUCUCAAGGAUUUUGUAGUCCGAUUAUUAUAUAAAUUAAUGCUCAUGGAAUUUAGAUUCACAUUUUUUAAUCAUACGAGGCUGCACAGGGGACCACAAUUAAAUGCCUUAAAAUAAAAUGAUUUAUUCAGCCACUAUUACGU